GGUUAAUACACUACAGUGUGUCAUUGUGCAAUUCACAGAUGCAGUAGGCCUACAUGUAUAGUAGCUGUGAGUAGUAUAAGAGGGCCUCAGAGGAACAACUAACCAGGUGGUUCUCAAACAUUUUACACCAAGUACCACCAAAAAAUACACGUCCCUCCUAUUCCCACCAUAAUGACCAACAUUAAAAUAUGGUGGCGUGAUAGGCCCAAGUGUUUAGCAAAAAUGCUACUGUAACAUUAUGCGCCGUUUGAACAGUACUCUGUUUAACUAGAAGAAAAUGUUUUAAAAACAUUAAAAUGACCGGUACACACAAAAGGUAUACAAAUUGCAAUUUAAAGUUUGAAAACAAACAUUUCCAAAAUUUUAAAUAAAAAUGUAUUGAAUUUACCUGUACUCAACAAAUCUACUGUACUGGGUUAGAAAAAAGGUUGAAGCCACUAUAUUAUGCACAGGUCAAGCAUUUAAUUCUGUUAUUCUUUUAUGUAUCACUAGUGGCACUUGGACCACACUUGGAGAACCUCUGCUCUACUCUGUACCGCUUGUCCUCAUUUAGGUUGGGGUUAGGGUUGACUAGUCAACCAUUCACACUGAUGGCCAAUUUAGAGUCUUUGAUCAACUAUCCAUCCAUUUUCUGUACCGCUUAACCUCACUAGGGUCACGGGCGUGCUGGAGCAUAUCCCAGCUAUCUUCGGGCGAGAGGCGAGGCACACCCUGAACUGGUCGCCAGCCAAUCGCAGAGAACAUAUAAACAAACAACCAUUCACACCUACGGGCAAUUUAGAGUCUUCAAUCAACCUACCACACCUGCUUUGGGAUGUGGGAGAAAACCCACGGAGAACAUGCAAACUCCCCACAGGCGCGGGGCUGGGAUUUGAACCCCGGUCCUCAGAACUGUGAGGCAGCUGUGCCAACCAGUCGUUCACCGUGCCGCCUUCGAUCAACCUAAUGUUUGUUUUGGGAAUGUGUGAGGAGGCCAAGGCAUCCAGAGAAAACCCACGCAAGCACAGGAAGAAGAUGCAAACCCUACACAAGAAGGCUGAAAUUCGAACAUCAGAACUAUAAGGCCUUUAUUUGAACAAAUAUAUUUAACGAUAAUUUAUGAUACUGGUACAUCGUCACAUAGUGUUCAGUAUCAUUAUAAUCAUAAUACUGCACCUUAUUGCAGUGGUUCUCAAACAUUUUACACAAAGUACCACCAGAAAAAUACUUAGCGCUCCAAGUACUACUAUAACAACCAACAUUAAAAGUAGUCGUGUACUUGGGCCAAGUGUUCAUCAGAAACCAGGGAGAGGUUUUAUUCCUCAGAGGUAAAUUUAAUAUUAUUGUAAGUCACUGUGACAUUAUACACAGUUUGAACAUUCACACUGUCCUUGACUAUAGGAAACUAAAAACUGUACUUAAGUACAUUCAAUUAAAACGUAUUACACAUACAAGUUAACUGAAAAUUAUACAUGAAUGUUUGAAAGUUAAAUACAAUUGAACUGUAACUAACAAAUGUACUGUACUGUAUUUUUUUAAAAGGGUUAAUCCACUGUAACAUGCAGUUUGAACACUUAAUUCAGUGAUUCUUUUGCAGACCACUAGAGAGAGCCCGCACAACACUAGUGCCUCGUUGACUCGUACCAGCUUUGAGAACCACUGCCUUAUAGAAUGUUUGAAAAUAUUCUAUGCAAGUAAUAAAAUAAAUUUCACAAUUAAAUAUAAUUAAAUAUCAAUACAGUGUAUGCAUUCUGUAAAGCCCCCUUUGCCCCCCACACACCAUACAAAUGCAUUUAUACAAAUAAAGACCCCCUCUAAUGAAAAAUAUUUAAUAAAUGCCUGCAACUCACUGCAAAAUUAAUACCCCGGACAGUAUUUGAGGGAAUAGAGUAAAAACAAACGAAAAUAUUUUAUCUGCUAAACACAUGGUUCAUCCUGAUAGUGGUCGAAAUGGUGCUUUAGUGAAACCAUUCCACUGUUAUUUUAACUGAGAAAAUGCUGCAGCUGCUACUUAGUCUAAGGUCCUAAAAAAAAAAUGCAUCCUCUUUGAAAUCUCUGUUGUGUCUGUACUUUUUAAAAGACCAUUACUGUCAUAUCCAAAAUGAAUAUCUUAGCAUAUUAUCAAUGUAAUAUGCAUUUUUAUUAUUUUAGUUUUUAAUAGUUGUGCAAUAAAAUACUGCAGUCAUAUUCUGGUAGGUAGCCUAUGUAUGUUAUUUAUUUUUUCUGGUUGCAUUUUUCAACCAGUUUCCCAAUCUUAUAAAUUGUCCCUGGUGUUCGGAAUACAUUUUCAUUUGAACUGUUAUGUGUUUGGUCAUAGCUCGUCUGUACAAUAGCGGCUUUGAAGCCAUUUGUCGUUGUGUAUAUAGUUUUAUAGGGCCGUGGGUUUAAAGUGAUCUAACGUUUUGUUAUUUGUACGCCUUGAACUUGUCCUCUGUUGUAAUAUUCACAAAUGACAUGGUAAUUCGUGAUCAUACACUCGAAGAACGACUGCUCCGUAUUGAGGAUAUUACUGCUUUUCCAAUCUAGUUGCUCUUAAGUCCAUGGAUGAGCAUCAAAGAUUCAACGGAAUCUCUAUUUUUGCACUAAAAUGGAACCGAUGCCAAGAGGGGCUUGUGUGAAGGAUAUGAAGUGGUAUGAGAUGCUCACUCCGCUCUACGAGCCGCUGGAGGAGAUAGACUACCAGUGCAACCCUCGCCCCCCACCUCUUCCCACACCAAUUGACCCCGCCGACACGCCGCUCAACACCCUGCCUGUGUUCACAGGAAGUCAGUAUGCUGGCUCGGGUGACUGCUUCGUCCGGGGAGACAAUCUGAUGACUAUGAACUACAGAGCUCCACUGCAUCUAGGUUACAUGCAGCCGGCUCACCUGAACAUUGGGCCAGGUGGUGAUGUCACCAAGCAGUAUCUGGAGAACUAUCACCAGUCAACCUAUGAGUGGGCUCUCAAUCACCCACAUGCUCCCACUCCUCCACAGUUCUAUGAAAAAGCCAUGUUGAUACUGCCCGAGGGAGCAAGGUUUCCUCCUGCCGAAAUGCCGAGCUUUACAGAUUCCAUCUCCCCCUCAAGAAAGGUCCCGACAUCCAAUAAAAGGAAAAGUGAAAGCCAGGAGGACGAAGAGAAGGUUUACAUUAAAAAGCCACCGAACGCGUUUAUGAUAUUCCGGAAGGAGCAGAGGGAGAAUGUCAUGGCACAGUUGAACAUCCGUGACAGUGCUGUGGCCAAUAAAGUCCUGGGUCACAUGUGGAAAUCGCUGUCGGAGAAGGAGCAAGAGAAAUAUUACCAGCUCGCCGAUGCUGAAAAACGCCUUCACACCCAGCUGCACCCCAAUUGGUCGUGCACAGAUAAUUAUGGGCGAAAGAGGAGGAAGCAGAGGAGCAGAGUGGCUACUAAGGAAAUCCUCCAACCAAACUGCUGAGGCUCCUACUGUCACUUGACAAACUGUUCUAGUGUUUGACUUAAUCACAAGUCAUUAAGUUCUAUUGACUGAGCUGGAAAGUGCUCAGCAAGUUCAUUAAUUUUAAACAGGGUCUUAUUAAACCUCGUUGUUAUGAGAGGACAAAAGGGGCAUUUCUAGUCUAUCGUUAUGACUUCACCUCACACACGUCAGAGCAGCGAUAAUGUGGCUUGACUCCCAUGUUGACAGAAUAUUUAAAAUGAUAAAUGGUCAUAACAUCGCCAGAAUGAGUUAGUGUUCACAAGUAAUUUGAUUAUACAUACUGUAUGUUUGUGCAAUGAUAAGAUUUUACAAAAUGCUUCAUUAUCAUUGGUUGAUUAUACAUACUGUAUGUUUGUGCAAUGAUAAGAUUUUACAAAAUGCUUCAUUAUCAUUGGUUUCUUGUACUGUUGCGCAAUGAUAAGAUUUUACAAAAUGCUUCAUUAUCAUUGGUUUCUUGUACUGUUGCCACCAUUGUGUGAGCGAAUGAUUUCCAAAGAGAAGUGAACAAGCUUAACCAGGCAUGUCCACUUUACACGAAUAAAUGUAUACAUCUAUGAAAA